AACGCACCGUAUAAAAAGAGCUUGCUUAUUGUCCUUCCGCACCGAGCGUCAGCACAGCAAAGAUGGCAUCUGCUCUUCGCUCCUUGCUCCUCCUUUGCGGGAUCUGUGGGCUGUUCGGCAGCAUCUCAUGUCAGACAAAGAAAGGGUAUUGCCCAAAAGGCUGGACUCGGUUGAAUGACCGCUGUUUCAUCUACCAACACGAUGACAGAACCUUUGCCGAUGCCGAGAGCGUCUGCAACAUCCUUGGUGGCAAUCUGGCUUCCAUCCACAGUGAGCUGGAAAACCAAGUGAUCAUUGAAAUAAUCCGGGAAGCUGCUGGUACUUUUGAAGACACUUGGAUUGGCUACCAUGAUACAAUCCUGGAGGGUGACUUCAUUUGGACUGAUGGCUCCCCUGAUGAUUUUGAAGACUUUGAGACGGGUCAGCCAAAUGACGCCGUCUCACCUGGGGACUGUGUGGACAUCGAUAGCGGAAAUGAGCAGUGGCAUGAUGACAACUGCGCUGAUCUCAGUCCAUAUAUUUGUGCCAAAUACGUCCAUGUCAAGAAACACUAACCAGUCCAUCAUAUCUUCUAACACGAUGCCUUUCCCACCUUCUGGAUGAGAACAAAAUACUUCAGGGUCUUAUUUUCAGGUCUCUUCCCCUUUUUUUUGUUUUUGGCUUCACCUGCAUUGUUGACUUGUGAUUGGUUGUGGUCAGUCCAGAAAAACCUUAAGACUUAUCACUAAUAAAUGAAGGAAUCUGUCUCUGCAUAGGAAA